AUGCGCCCUACCUUCCUGCUUCUUGCCUUCUUCGCCAUUCUGAGCAUCGCCGUCCUCCCGAAAAACGUCGUCGAGGCGGGCUGUAGAAGAACAAGUUGCCAUCCACACAGCAGCCAGAACGAGUGCAACGGUAUCUUUUUCGAGCAGUCAAUCUUAUUGUUGAAAUCCUUCCAGGAGAUGAACGAGUCGCCAAAUGGGGCUACUGCUGGGGCGUCGCCGGCAAAUGGGAGAGCUGCUGUAAAUAAACCAUAUUUUUUAUUUCUUUCGAAGUCUUUUUUUUUCUAAAUAAAUAUUCGGAAGCUUUUAUUUGUUUUCUGACUUCGAGGUUUAAUCUCAGAAAUCGGUAUACAAUUUUUUUUCUACUUGUAGAAUUUUCUGCAUUCGUCGGUAAUCCUGAAAUUCUCAGCCAACAUUAUUUUGGACAACAAUUUGAUUUGAGUUUGGUAAUGGGAUAUUCACGAUCAAUUUUGAGAGGUAUAUAUAUAUAUACCGUAUAUUUGUGGACAAACCUUCCCGACUCGCCCCUGAGAAAUACAUUCAACAAUGAUCAGAUUUUUUCAGAAAAUUCUGCUCUCCUAUUUCUUAUAAAUGAGGAGGUUUUAUGCCUUUUCAAAAAACUUCAAAUGGAAUCAGGAUUUUCUAAACCCGCCUGAAUUCAAACUCAAGAUCAGUAAUAAAUUUCGUGAAGGCGAUAAAAUCGAAAUUCCUGAAAAAUUUCUAUAGAGAAAGAGAUCUGAAAAUGAAGCGAUCAAUGAUGUUUCGAAUCAGAAGAUCGGCUCGUUUCAAAAUGUUUGCUGUUCAUUUCUAUUGACAGCAAAAUUAUUUAUCGUAUUUGAAAAGGCUGCCAAAAAAAAUUCACCAAACAAAACGAAUGUGAUUGGUAUAAAAGGGAACGCAAAGGCUGGAACUACAAGUCGACCUCGACGAUCAUCAGCUUUCCGUUUCAACGCAAAAUGCAGUUCACCACCGUCCUUCUGGCUAUUCUGGCUCUUUUGGCCGUCGGAUUCGCUCCAACGAACGCCGAGACUUGCCGCAGAACCAAGUGCCACACCCACAGCGCCCGCAACGAGUGCGAUGGUCAGUGCUAGCCAUUUUCAAGUUCAUUCAAACUUUUCUGAUUCGAGAGAUCUUUUUAAUCGUUAGAAAAGUUGAAAAUCAGAAUAAUGAUUUUUUCAGGAGAUGAGCACGUCGGAAACUGGGGCUAUUGCUGGGGCGUCGCCGGCAAAUGGGAGAGCUGCUGCAAAGACUGA